CUUUAAGCAGUCCAGCAGUCUCAAUGUCCCAGAUGCACUCCAGAAAUUCUUAUUCGUCACUGGUGAAAGGUAUUCAGUAUUUUGAUGUCACCGGGGGCUUCAACCCUUGCAAGCUCCUUCUUACGGGAGACCAAGCUUUCCCUGUGCUGGUGAGUACGAAAGGCAACGUACUAAUAGCCGCAUCCUGUUAUGGGGCAGGCCGGAUGGUGGUGACGGCGCACGAAGCCAUGCUGCAAAUGCCCCAGUUCCUGCCGUUCAUUAGGAAUAGCCUAGAGUGGCUCAAGCCGUCUCCAAUAGCAAAAGUGGGUGUCCACCAGAACAUGGCCACUCUCUCUGAUCUGCUCCUCGGGAAUUCUGUUCAGGUGCAUCCAAACGCCAAGCUUGGGGGCUCCUUUGGGGUCUACUGUAUCAAUGCCUAUGACGACACAGAAGCUCACGGCCUUGUUCAGUUUGUAGAGAGAGGUGGCGGUCUGCUCAUUGGAGGGCAGGCCUGGCAUUGGUCCUAUCAACAUGGAAAAGAGAAGGUGCUGGCUGAAUUUCCUGGCAACCGGGUGACUGGCGCGGCUGGAGUCUACUUCACCGCUGCUGUGGGAGACAACGGGGUCUUCCCUGUGCAACCUGAUAUACCAGAUGUUCCCCCAAGCCCUGAAUACACCUGUAGACCAGCAUUCCAAACAUACCAGAGGGAGUCCAGAAAAUCUUACGAAUCUUUGGUGAAAGGUAUUGAGUCUUUGGCUAUCACUGGGGAGUUCAAUCCUUGCGAGCUGCUUCUCACCGGAGACCAAGCUCUCCCUGUCCUUGUAAGCACCAACGGGCAAGUACUAAUAGCUGCAUCCUGGUACGGUGCAGGCCGGAUGGUGGUAACGGCUCACGAAUCUAUGCUGCAAAUGCCCCAGUUCCUGCCGUUCAUUAGAAACAGCCUAGAGUGGCUCAAGCCGUCCUCGACGGCGCAAAUCGGUGUCCACAAAAGGUUGGAUGCCCUCUCCGAGUUGCUCCUCAGUAAUGGUGUCAAGGUGCACCCAGAUGCAAGGCCUGGAGACUCUUUUGGGGUCUACUGCGUUGAUGCUUACGAUGCUGCGCAAGCUGAUGGCCUUGUGCAGUUUGUAAAGAGAGGCGGGGGUCUGCUCACUGGAGGGCAGGCCUGGCAAUGGUCAAGUCAACACGGAAAGGAGAAAGUGCUGGCUGAAUUUCCUGGCAACAGGGUGACCAGCGUGUCCGGGGUUUACUUCACUGCCAACGUGGGAGAGAAUGGGAUCUUCCCGGUGAAAGAGAAAAUGCCCAAGGUUCCCCUGAUCACCCCACAUGGAUUAGACAUUGAGGGUGACUUAAAGACUCUUCUGAAUGGAGUGACGACCUUCUGUUUUAAGGGCAUGAUUCCUUCUGACCUGCUUAUCCACGGGAACCUGGCAUUUCCAGUGGGCGUAACCGAUUCUUUCCAGUGCUUUGCUGGAGCCGCCUACUAUGGCAGGGGACGUGUUGUGGUCUCCUCCCACGAAGGCAUGCUUAACACACCAUCCAUGAAAACCUUCCUUCUCAACGCCAUCAACUGGGUUACUGCUGGAAAGGGAGGGAAGGUUGGCGUCGGAGGCCAACUGAAGGAACUUUACUCCAUGUUAAAUCAGGCUGGGAUCCCUUGUGAGCUAACGGAUCUUAAGGCUGGCUUGAGCGUGUACUGUUGCAACGCCUACAGUGACAAAGAGAAGGAAAGAAUCCACGAAUUCGUCUCUGAAGGAGGUGGUCUCCUAAUCGGCGCACAAGCUUGGUACUGGACUUAUCAAAAUCCCACCGCCUGUGCCGCCGCACAGUAUCCAGGAAACAAGAUACUGAAUAAAUUUGGGAUUGGGAUCACCGGACACAGUAUCAACCUACCUGAUGAAAGUUACCCAGCGAGACAGGCCAGCGCUGUUGCUUCGACCUAUCACUUCCGCAAAGCGCUCUUGCAAUUCAAGGAACACAUCCAGAGCAAGCAAGCUCUGCAGACUUCAUAUUCCUCAUGGCUCAAGAAGCUGGGACAAGACUGUGCCACAUUCCUGAGCAUCCCAGCUACCAACUCUCCACCUCUCUCCUCGGUCCAUGAGGAUAUGAUGGAGCUGGUCAAAAAAAUAGCACUUCUCUGCGAGAUUCCUGGUGUCAGUGCAAGCAACCCAAUUAAAAGUACCUCGGACAAAGCCAUUUUAAUUCAAAUGGCAUUCCAGCUCUACAAUAAUCUACCACAUUUCCGAGACCCAGUGCCCCAUCUGAUUCAGAACCUUCCAAACUAUCCCACAGCACCUCCUCAAGUCAUUCAGAUCAACGGAAUUAAUGAUGGAGACGAAGCUUGGAGAAGCACCGGCCUUUAUGUUCCUCCGGCGAAGACCGUCACUUUGCUCUUUCCGCCCAACGCCACCAAUGCUCAGCUGCAGGUCCAGGUUGGCUGCCAUUCCGAUGACCUGAGCAAUGCCGAGAAGUUGCUGCGUCCUCCGGUAGUGAUCAGGCGGUUUGAAGUUAUGAGUCAGAGGAUGGAAGUCUCCAGCUUGUGGGGUGGCCUCUUGUACAUUGUGCUGCCAAAGAAGUCUUCAGUGGGCACCAUAUCAGUCACUGUCGAAGGGGCUUCCCUGGCUCCUUAUUUCAAGCUUGGUGAAACCAGCCUAUCUGCAUGGAAUGGCACUAUCCGCCACUACCCUGCUCCCUGGGCUGAGUUAGAAACGGAGAACAUCAUCUUGACAGUGGCCUCCGGUGAUGUGCGGGGAAUGGAGAAUCCAGAGAUCCUUCUGAACACCUGGGCUCAGAUGAUGAGAGCAGUGGCCAAGUUAGCAGCCAUCCCUCUCCUUUUCCCCAGACCAGAAAGAAUAGUGGGAGAUGUCCAAAUAUCUGUUGGUUGGAUGCACUCUGGCUACCCGAUCAUGGCUAAUGUGGCGGCAUCAGAGGAGAUCACGGAUGUACAACGCAUGUACACCAAAGGCACUUGGGGCCCAAUCCAUGAACUGGGUCACAAUCAGCAGAAGAGUCAGUGGGAAUUCCCCCCGCAUACCACGGAAGCUACCUGCAAUCUCUGGUCUGUUUACGUCAAUGAAACUGUGCUGAACAUCCCCAGAGAAAGAGCCCAUCCAGAGCUUAAACUUGAGAGCAGAAUGAGGAGGGUGAAGGACUAUAUUCGAGGAGGAGCUCGGCUGAAGGACUUCACGGUGUGGACUGCACUGGAACCUUACUUGCAGUUGCAGGAGGCCUUUGGCUGGGACCCCUACAUCCACAUCUUCGCAGAGUACCAAACAAUGACCCACAUCCCAACUGACAACAGCUCCAAGAUGAACCUCUGGACACGCCAUUUCUCCCAACAAGUGAGCAAAAAUCUGGGUCCUUUCUUUAAAGCUUGGGGGUGGCCAAUUGAGGAUAAUCUCACUCGGGAGCUGGCCAGAUCCUUUCCCCCAUGGACAGAGGAUCCGAUGAAGAAGUAUGAAUCUUGCUAAGAAAGGGAAACUAACAGACUGAAAUUGUGCUGAAUAGGAUACAGUCACAAUCAACCAAUAUAAGCCCCAGCUAUAGAGCUGUAAACCAUGCUGACAGUGGUCAAUGAAUGUAUUCAGGAUGCUUUCUUCUCCCAUUUAGCCAUUAUUCUCUGUUCAAGCAGGACCUGAGAAUGCAACA